CAGGAUGGAGUUUCCAGACCAUAGCAAACAGCUCCUUCUGAGUUUGCGGGAGCAACAGCACCAAGGCUUUCUUUGUGACUGCACAGUGUUAGUAAGUGGUACCCAAUUUCUUGCUCACCGGGCUGUGCUGGCCUCAUGCAGUGCUUUCUUUCACAUGUUUUACAAGGAACAACUUGACAAGCGUGACUUUGUGCAUAUAAACAAUGAAAUUGUUACAGCCCAAGCAUUUGGUCUUCUCCUAGAGUUCAUGUAUGAUGGUAUGCUGAAAUUUGAUGAUACUCCAGUUGAAGAUGUCCUUGCUGCUGCAAGCUACCUUCACAUGAAUGACAUUGUUAAAGUGUGCAAAAAGAAGCUACAAGCAAGAGCACUAGCAGAGGCGGACAGUACAAAAAAAGAUCAUCCUGGGACAUCUGAAAGCUGUCCAGACACAUGGAGAAAUGAAAGGCAAAGUCGUGAAUUAGAAUCUUGUCAUCUAAAUGAUAACAAAUCCAACAAGCAGGAAAUGAGUAGUGCACCAUCUGAGCCAGUUAAUUCGGCAUUACCUCCCAUGUCUUCCUCUAGUGUGGCAGACACUACUCAGCCUGGUAUGGAGGGUGAGUCUCCAAGACUGUGCCAAGGAAGAGUGCCUUCAACAGCUGCAGAAGUGUGCCUAUCAAGUCCAUGCAGCACAACAGAAAAUGUGCCCAGUGUGUACCAGUAUCCUAGAACUUCUGCUGAAGUGCCAUCUAGUAUUGGCAGUGCUGCAGUAAAUACUUUAACUCAACAAAAGUUAGACGCUUUUCAAGGGUUUUAUCAACCUACAUACAAUAGGAAUAUGGUCAAAGUAAAAGUAGAAGCCAUUGUUAUUUCUGAUGAAGAAUCUGAACAGUCAGAAUACAGAGCCCGUAAGAAUACUGAAAUACGAAUGGAAACCAUGUUCCAGCCACCUUCACUGGAGCUUGGUCCUUCAGUUAGCACAGUCAGACGCAUGGAUGGCAUUGAAGAUACUGGUACAGCAGAGAGACCCCAGCACGAUGGGUUUAUAUCACAGGAUGGUAUUCCUUAUCACAUGUUACCAGUACCUGGAAGUCAUCAGUAUCCUAAUGUUAUACCACCACCACCAUUACAAGAUCAAAUGUACCUUCAGGAGUAUGAAACAAAUCCUAACUUUGGGAUUUUUAAUGAGGAUGUUCCUACUUGUAAGACAUGUGGAAAGACAUUUUCUUGCUCUUACACCUUAAGGCGGCAUGCUACUGUUCAUACACGAGAGAGGCCGUAUGAGUGCCCAUAUUGUAGGAGGAGUUAUACCCAGUCAGGUGACUUGUAUAGACACAUUAGGAAGGCCCACAGUGAGUCACUUGCAGCUAAAGAUACCAAGACAGAGACAGAAACUUUUAAGUAGCCUUCUUUUACAUUUAAGACUUGUUUGUAAAAUAAGAGGUCUGUGAGUCAUUUUUACUGAAUUUUUUCAACCAGAUUUUAAAUUGGGGUAUGCAAGAAUGUUGAAUUAAUGUAAACAAAACUGAUGCUUGGUCUUCUGUGUUGAAAAAUUGUACCAUUGUGUUCUAAUGGUGUGUGGAUGAAACCCUUCUGUUCAUAUUCCUCAAGAAAAUGUAAAUUCUUGCAGAGCUUUUAACAGUGUCAGGUCAUAUCUGUUGACCUUCUACAUCACUGAUGUAGCAUUCUUCAUCAUAGGAAUCUCUUGCCAAGGAUAGCCCAAAGUCCGGCCAGUAUAUCAAAGCCUAUAGGUAUUGUUUGCAUCAUAUGUCAUGCGUAUGCUCCCCAUAUAACGAUGUAGGGCAUAAAGGCGAUGUACGAACACAGAUACCCAGAACUUCUUUUGCCAACAGCCCGAACACCAUCAGCACUUGUCUAUCUGAACACCCUUUGCUGUGCUGCAUACCUAGCUGUCAGAUAAGUGCCCUGUUGGAGUCCUUUUUUAAAUAUUGGUCUUGUUUUCUUUUGAUUACCUGGAGUUCCAAGAAGAGAAAGUCAGUGUGGGAGGCAGAUUCUCUAUAAGCAUCACCACGAGCAUACCUCCUGUAGUGUUUUUAAGGCCUUUGUGCCCAAGACUCUUAGAAGUCGGUUGCCAUCCCUGGCCAUGUAUCUUGAGAGCCAGAGGCUUAAACAGUUAGUCUAGGGUAGCACAGUGGAAUCAAAUAACCCUGAGGUACUUCUGUUCAGUAGGAAGAAGGCCAAGAUAUAUCGGCUGAUUUGCUGAGGGCUCUUCAUAGCUUUCUACUGGCCACUCCUUUUCCAGAGCUUUUGUACUCUUCCUAAGGUGAAAGAAUACUGCAACAGUGAUAUAGAAAAAUAUAAUACAGUAGUGUAAAAUGUUACCAUAAUAGUAAAUGUCCUUCUCUUCAGUGUUUGCAAUAUUCAGUCCCUCCAUCCAUUCCCUUUUUUUUCUUUUGAGCUUUGAUUUGGUUACCCUCCUGGCUGAAGAGUCCCCCUUUUCCAUCUGCAUUUUCUCCUUCUGGAUGUGCAUGGCUUCCUCUGUGGUGACAGUUCUGUUCUGGGGCAAUUCAGUUCUGGGUAUCUGCGUCUGUACGUCAUCUUUAUGUCCUAGGUCCUAUAUGGGGAGCAUAUGUGUGAUGUACAGUGCAUACAAGAUCUAAAGGUUUUGGUGUACUGGCUGGAUGUUGGGUUAUUCUUGGCAAGAGAUCUCCAAGGUGAAGAAUACUGUAACACUGAAGAGAAAGGACAUCUAAUGUUUUGGUAAGAUUUUACACAAUUGUACUUUUUUAGGAAGUAAGAGUCCACAUUGUUAGUUUGCAGGAGUCAUUCUUUGUGUCUAGUAGAUUCAUAGUUUAAUCUUGUUGGUAUUUUGGAAGAAUUUAUAAUUUUAAGAACUUUUUCAUCUAGAUUACCAACAUCAAUGGUAGUGCCAGCCAACAAACAUCUAGUGUGUACCUGUUGAAUUGGUUAGCAAGCGACUUUGCUGUCUUUCUCACACUCAGAUUGACACAUACACACAAAUCUAAUUUCUGUGCUUUUUAUGGUGGAAAUACACCAUUACAUUUUCUUUCUCAUUUUGGUAUUUGCAUUUAAGUAUAGGCUUGUCUGAUUAUGUCUUUAUUCUUAUGUUUUGGAAACUCCAACCCCACCCCCUCCUUCCGCAGAUUAAGCAUUGGGUGAUUAUCUUUAUCUGUGUCAAGAUCCUUAACUAACCUGUUAUAAUGUCAGCUUGACUAUGAAUCUUAGCACCUCCCAGCAUAACAGAUGGGGUUUUCUAACUUCAUGCAAGAUAGAGAGAGGAGUAUCUGUAUAAGUGAGUAGUAAAAUGGAGUGGUUGUUCAUGUUUAACAGCAGUGUUGCUGUCAUACUAGCUAUUAAUGAUACCUUGCCAUAUAAGGAUUUCAGUAUUGUUGGGUUUUGUAAGCGAGUUAAUCCAACUUAAGCUGAAGUUGCUAAUUUUAAAGAAGUAAAAUUUGUUUUGAAAAUUCUGUUACUAUUAUGAUUGAUCCUGGAUGUCCCAUACAUUGACUGGGACAGGUACAAUUCUAGUAAAACAUUUGGCACUGAACUUCUGGAUGCUGAUGUUAUUGUUAUAAUUAUCAUUACUGAGUUCCCUGUACACUGACUGGGACAGGUACAGUUCUAGUAAAACAUUUGGCACUGCACUUCUUGAUGAUGGUGGUAGUGUUGUUUUUAUUACUAUUAUACAUAUGCCUGACCUUGCAUAACCCAAAAAUAAUUUUGUUUCAUCUCCGGCUUAUGAUGCACUGGUCAUGGGUUUCAUUUUGUUUAGUUUUAAUUUCAUUACCUACUUUAAGUGGAACUGUUAUUUAUUAUGAUUUUUCCCAAGAUGGACCUGUUCACUUUGCUUUAAAAACUUAACAGUAUUGCCUGACAUUCAAACAAGUUCACCUGAGCUUUUUCAAAAACGCCCAACCUCAUACCUAUAAACCCUCCCAAAAAAAAAAAAAAAGAAUCACAAGUCCCCAC